CUUGCUCCCUGUUCGACCGCGGCCUCUCUCUCUCCUUCGUCCUCUCUGUCUCUCUCUAGGGCUCAGACAUAAAGCCAUUAGACAGAGAAACAGAAACGACACGAGUUUUUAAUUAGUGUGUUGAUCCAUUGUCUCUGUCCGAAACCAACUACGGCGACCGACUUUAAAAGCGCCCUCUUAUAGUCUCUUCCAUCAGUGUGUCUUCCUCUUCAGAAUUCACACCAAAGAGGGAGGGAAGAAACAAGGAAGAGAGGGUUCUCUCUAUACACAUAUUUGUGGCUGUGAAACCAAAGAUCUUGGAAAAAUGAAUAAACAAGAUGUUAUGAAGCUUCAGACGUGUGUUCUGAGGGUGAACGUACACUGUGAAGGGUGCAAACACAAAGUGAAGAAGCUGUUGCAGAAAAUUGAAGGUGUGUACUCAGUGAAAGCAGAUGUGGAACAAGGGAAAGUGACGGUGACAGGGAACGUUGAUCCUGCGGUUCUGAUCAAGAAGCUCAGUAAGUCCGGCAAGCACGCCGAGCUCUGCGGCGGCGGAGGAGGAGGAAAGGGUUUCCCAAAUCUGAAUUCUCAGUUCAGUGACCUGAAUUUGGGUGGCAAAAUGGUAAAUGUCAGCAAACCUAAGGGUGGAAAAGACAGUCAACAGGGGAAGGGUCACGGAGGAGGAGGAGGUCAUCCAAUGCAACAGUUGAAUCCUCAGCAGAUUCAGCAGAUGAUGAUGAUGAAGGGCGCUAAUGGUCCUGGUGGACAUGGUCAUGGUCAUGGUGGUGGGAAAGACAUGAAGAUGCCCAAGGAGCAGAAACCUAUGAAGUUUGCUGAUGAUGAUGAGUUUGACGACGACGAUGAUUUCGACGAGGACGACGAUGAGUUUGAUGAUGAUUUCGAUGAUGAGUUCGAUGAUGAGUCUGAAGAUGAAGAGGUAGGUCAUGGUCAUGGUCAUAACUUGCCUAAACAGAUGAUGAUGAUGCCCAACAAAAUGGCUCCAAUGGGCCAUGGGCCCAAAGGUCCCAAUGAUAUGAUGAUGAUGAUGAAUGGUUUCAACAAAAGCGCGGCCGGCAAGAAGGGCGGAGGCGGUGGUGGUGGUAGUUUUGAAAUUCCGGUGCACUUGAAGGGUAAAAUUGGAAAUGAAGACAAAAAAGGAGGAGAGAAGGGUAAGAAGGAAGGGAAGGAGAAUAAUAAAGGAGGUGGGGGCAAAAGUGGGAAAAUCGAGUCAAAAAGUAUUGGGCUGCUGGGGUUUCUGAAGAAGGGCAAAAGUGGAAAAGGCGAUGACAAGAAGGCAGCGAAGAAGAAAGAAGGCGGUGGGGGUAAUAAGGUCAAAUCAGGGGGUGGAGCCGAUGGCGCUCAUUUCUUCGAUAACGGGCCUAAAAAAGGUGGGCCCAAAGGGGCCCAUAAUGGUGGAGCCCAUGACAUAGAUGAGCUCAUGAAGCAAGUCAAGGGAAGCAACAACAAAGGCAAUCACAACAAGAGCUUUGGAGGCCCAAUGGGCCAAAACAACACCUUUGGAGGCCAAAUGGGCCACUUCGGCUCAAUGACUCAAACCCCGAUGGGAAAUUAUCCGGCGGUUCAGGGCUUGCCCAUGAACGGCGGCCGCGGCGGCGGGUUCUAUCCGCCGGCAGUGAGCCAUCCGAUGAACCAGCAGCAGUACAUGCACAUGAUGAUGAACCAGCAGGCCACGGCAGCGGCGGCCCCCGGCGGCUACGGCGGCCACCAUGGCGGAGAUAUGUACCACCCGAUGAUGUACGCACGACCGUACCCCGCCGUGAAUUACGCCCAGCCGCCGCAUACUGACUCGUACACUCACUUCUUCAGUGACGAGAACACUGACAGCUGUAGUAUUAUGUAAAAUGGGUAUUGUAUUUUAGAUAUGCGAUGCGUUUGUACUUUUGUAGUAAUGUUUUCUUUAUGACUCUCCCGGUUUACCUUUGAGGACAAAAAUUGAAAAUUAAUAAUUUGGUGGUCCGACAUGAAAUA